GGAGAGCGUGGCGGGGCUGUGGACAGACGUGGACCGAAGGACGGACAGCGGCCCGCGGGGCCAGGGGGCGGGCCGGGGGUGUGCGGCGGGAGGGGCGGCCGGGGCGCUGAUUGGCCGGCGGCCGGGGUGGGGCGGGGCCGGGCCGGACAGGCCCCCGAGGGCGGGCGCUCGGCCAGGUGCGCGGCCAGGUGCGCGGCCAGGUGUGCGGGGCGCGGGGCGCGGGGCGCGGGGCCGGCUGCUCUCAGGGCCGGCUUCCCCGCUGGCCGUCCGGCCCGGCUCCGGGCCCGGGAGGGGGCAGGUUCUGGCCUGCGCCUCGCCCCUCUCGCCCCGCCCCGGGGCCCAGAUUCCGGCGUCCGGGGGCGGACGGGAGACGCCCGGCCCGUCUACCCGCCCCGGGCCGCGUCUGCUCCGACGGGCGGGGCAGACAGACAGCCGGCAGGGAGCGGAGCCCGCCCGGCCACGACCUGCCCUGGGCGCUCCGCCCUGGCCCCGAGUCCCCGGCCCUCCGCCCCGGGCGCCCUCCCUGCACCCCGGACCGCGCUCCCGCGGGCCUCCCGCCCGGUCCCGUCCGGCCCCCGAGUCGAGUCUCCCUCUCGCUCGGACCCGAGUCCACCCUGGCCCCCGCCCGCCCGCAGGUGUUUGCUGCCUGCUUCUGGCUGCGCUGAGCCUGUGGCCGGAGCGAGCCGCUGCGCUGGGGCCUCCACCUGGACCCCCCAGGAGCUCCGCAGACCCUCGGGCCGAGCUGGACAGCGCCGUCCUGCUGACCCGCUCUCUCCUGGCCGACACCCGGCAGCUGGCCUCGCAGCUGAGAGACAAGUUCCCAGCUGACGGAGACCACAACCUGGACUCCCUCCCCACCUUGGCCAUGAGUGCUGGGGCGCUGGGGGCCCUGCAGCUCCCAGGUGUGCUCACACGGCUGCGGGCAGACCUGCUCUCCUACCUCCGGCACGUGCAGUGGCUGCGCCGGGCGGGGGGCCCUUCCCUUCGGCCCCUGGAGCCUGAACUGGGCGCCCUGCAGGCCCGGCUGGACCGACUGCUGCGGCGCCUGCAGCUCCUGAUGUCACGUCUGGCCCUGCCCCAGGCACCCCCGGAACCUCCGGCACCCCCACUGGCACCCCCGGCCACAGCCUGGGGGGGCGUCCGUGCAGCCCACGCUGUGCUGGGGGGCCUGCACCUCACUCUGGACUGGGCUGUCAGGGGCUUGCUCCUGCUGAAGACUCGGCUGUGACCGGCUGUGACCGCGCAUCCUUUAAAGCCACGUCUUAUUUAUUUAUUUAUUGCCAGCCAGAGGGCCACCCCCCAUGCUUCCCCCCCAUUCCGUGAGGGUCCCUUGGGGAGACCCUGGUGGGGGGGCACCUGUGCCUUAUUUAUACUUAUUUAUUUAAGGGGGUGGGCAGGAGGGAGGCGGGUGGACCUGGGGGGCCAGGAGGAGGGUCUGGAGCCCUGAAUUCUUGGGCCACCCCACCCGUCCUCACCCCCUGGGGCCUGGGAAGGAGCUUUUAUAUUAUUUAUUAAACUUUUACUUUUUAUGUUGGGUCGGGAGGGGAUGGGGACAGGAAGCCUUGGUUUUUGUACAAAAAUGUGAGAAAGCUUUGUGAGAUGGGGGAAGGAGAUUCAGUGUGUUGUACAAAGUCACCGAGGGACAUUUCUCUGGGCAUGGGGCUGGGGGCUAGGUGCUGGGGCCCCGAGCGCAGCAGGGGCAGGAUGCGCAUGGGACACUGAGUUCUGAGGAGUAGUCUGAACCUCACUGGAUGCCCACUGCUGCCUGGGCAUCAUUGACCAUGACAUGGAAGGAUCCAGAAGGCACCAACAACAGCACAGAGAUGGUUUCAAACUAACAACCCAGAUGUCGGCUGGAUGCCAGAGAGGUGACUGCAGACAGCAAGCUGCGAACCCACGAGAUGUCACCUCUCUCGGUGUCAGUGUCUCUGCCUGUGUGGUCUUUUUUUUUUUUAAUCCUAGAAGCAAAUACCCCAGAGCCAGAGUGUCAACAGUGAUCACCUCAGGUGGUCACACAGGGAUGGGGCUGGGAUGAUUUUCUGGAUGUGUGCUUGUCUGUAUUUUCAGAAUUUGGAUAAUUACUGUGCAGUUUGUAAGACACAUGUUGUUAUUUUUUAAAGGAUAAUAAACAAUAUUUUUAGAAUGACUGGAUAUCACUUCCUGACUCUCCAGACCCCUGCCAGGCUGGAAGUAUGGGGAUUUACUGCCAUUACCCUGCAGGAGAGGGUAAACUGAGGCUG